AUGAUUGCACAUACACACACCUCUCGCAUAAUGUCUGCUUUAAUUACCAAGUUCGAAUCACUAUCCAUUGAUUCUAAAUUCGAUGAUUUAUCAAAGGAACAAAAAGCCACUGUUGCCCAAUGGGAAUCUGUUGUUGCUAAUGGUUCUAUCAAGAGCUCUUUAAAUGAGUUGAAUGUAUCUUUAAGAGAUUCUACUUUCUUGGCAUCCACUUUCAAGCCAACUUCCACCGAUAUUAAGGUUUUCGAAGUCACUUUACCAAUAUUAAAGGAACUAGUCUCCAGCGACAAAGACAUCAAGACUACUUAUAUUCAAUACAGACAUAUUCUAAGAUGGUUAGAUUACAUUCAAAACUUAUUAGAAUUGCCAGGAAAUGAAAAGCUCAUAAUAAACCAUGACAUUGAAUUGCCACGUGAAAUAAUUGAAAAGAUAAAGAAGCCUGCUGCUGGUGCAGAAGGUGCAAAGAAAGGGGCCGACAAAGCCGGUUCAAAGAAGAAAGAAGAAAAGAAGGGUGGCGAUGAAUCCAAACCAAGAGGUAAGCCAGAUGAAGAAACCUUAAAGAAAUUGAGAGAAGAAGCCAAGGCCAAAAAGGCUGCCAAGAAGGCCCAACAAGCUCAGCAACAAACCGAACAGCAAGCCCCGGCCAAGCCAACUGCUGGUGCAAUUGAUUUCCGUGUUGGUUUCAUUCAAAAGGCCAUCAAGCAUCCAGAUGCCGAUUCGUUAUACGUCUCAACCAUCGAUGUCGGUGACGAAGAAGGUCCAAGAACCGUCUGUUCCGGUUUAGUCAAGCACUUCGAAUUGGAGGCCAUGCAAGAACGUUAUGUUGUCGUUGUUUGCAACUUGAAGCCAGUGAAUAUGAGGGGUAUCAAGUCUACUGCUAUGGUCCUAUGUGGUUCCACCGAUGAAAAAGUCGAAUUUGUUGAACCACCAACUGGUUCCAAGGCUGGUGACAAAGUUUUCUUCGCUGGUUUCGGCGAUGAAGAACCAAUGAAACAAUUGAACCCAAAGAAAAAGAUCUGGGAACAAUUACAACCACAUUUCACCACUAACGAAUCUUUAGAGGUCAUCUUCAAGGAUGACGAAGAUAAAGAAACUCCAAUCAGAAAGUUAACUAACAAGAACGGUGAUUCUUUCAAAGUCGCUUCCAUUGCCGGUGCUCAAGUCCGUUAA